GUAGGUUUUUUUUUUUUCAUUCUACAAGUUGUUUCACGAAGCAAAACUCACUUCGGAAAAGAAGUGCAGGGGGCAGAAGAUGCCGGGACAAUAGAAGCACCCGUUAAAUGCCCGCAGGUUGGGUCCGGCAUGGCGGUAUAUGCUCUCACUGGGUUCUCCCUUGUCAGCCUCCUCAGCUUUGGCUACCUGUCCUGGGACUGGAUGAAGCCCAGUUUGGUGGCCGAUGUGUCUGCGGAUUCAAUGGGGAAGCCUCUCCCCGCAGCUCCCUCGAGGCCACCGCACAUCAUCUUCAUUCUAACGGACGAUCAGGGUUAUCACGAUGUUGGGUACCAUGGCUCGGACAUCCAGACUCCAACGUUGGACAGAUUGGCUGCCGAAGGAGUUAAACUGGAGAAUUACUACAUCCAGCCCAUCUGCACUCCCUCCAGGAGCCAGCUUAUUACAGGAAGAUACCAAAUCCAUACAGGUCUUCAGCACUCCAUCAUCCGUCCCCGGCAGCCAAACUGCUUGCCCUUCGACCAUGUCACUCUUCCCCAGAAGCUUCAGGAGGCUGGUUAUUCCACUCAUAUGGUAGGCAAGUGGCACUUGGGGUUCUACAGAAAAGAAUGUCUGCCUACUCGCAGGGGUUUUGAUACCUUCCUGGGCUCCCUGACAGGAAAUGUGGAUUACUACACCUAUGACAACUGUGAUGGGCCUGGUGUAUGUGGCUAUGACCUUCACGAUGGCGAAAAUGUGGCAUGGGAACAGAGUGGGAAAUAUUCCACCUUCCUCUAUGCUCAGCGAGUCAGCAAAAUCCUGGCUACUCAUAAUCCCAAGGAGCCCAUAUUUAUCUACAUAGCAUUCCAAGCAGUGCAUACUCCAUUGCAGUCCCCCAAGGAGUAUAUCUACCGCUAUCGCUCUAUGGGUAACGUUGCCCGUCGUAAAUAUGCUGCUAUGGUCACGUGCAUGGAUGAAGCCGUGAAGAACAUCACCUGGGCACUCAAGAAGUAUGGUUACUAUGACAAUAGUGUUAUUGUGUUCUCCACGGACAAUGGUGGGCAGACAUUCUCUGGUGGAAGCAACUGGCCUCUGAGGGGCCGCAAGGGAACCUAUUGGGAAGGAGGAGUCCGUGGCAUUGGGUUUGUCCACAGUCCUCUGAUUAAACGUAGACGACGAACCAGCAGGGCACUAAUUCACAUAACAGACUGGUACCCAACAUUAGUGAACUUGGCUGGGGGUAACCUCUCUCACACAGAACGUUUGGAUGGAUAUAAUGUGUGGCCAGCUAUUAGUGAGGGCAAAGAUUGUCCACGUACUGAAAUCCUGCAUAAUAUUGAUCCCCUUUAUAACCAUGCCAAAUAUGGCUCUUUAGAGAAUGGUUUUGGCAUAUGGAAUACUGCAGUACAGGCCUCCGUACGGAGAGGGGAUUGGAAACUUCUUACUGGAGACCCUGGUUACAGUGACUGGAUCCCACCACAGACUUUGACUAACUUCCCAGGGAGUUGGUGGAACCUAGAGCGGCUGACAGAUGGUUUGCGCAAAUCUGUCUGGCUUUUCAACAUCACUGCUGAUCCCUAUGAGCGCUAUGACCUGUCAGACCAGAGACCUGAUAUAGUGAGGGCUCUCCUCACCCGACUUGUUCAUUACAACCAGACUGCCAUUCCAGUGAGAUAUCCAGCUGAAAACCCUCGUGCCCACCCAGACUUUAAUGGUGGUGCCUGGGGACCUUGGGCUACUGAGGAUGAGGAAGAGUGGGAGGGAGGACAUAGACAACUGAAAAAUAAAAACAAGAAGAAGAAGUGCAAGAUCUGCAAACUGCGCUCCUUUUUCCGGAAGCUGAACACCAGGCUGAUGUCAAACCGAAUUUGAUGGGAAGGAGUGUCAAAGUUACAAGACGCAGCCUCUAAGGGGUGCAGUUCCAGCAAUGGGAAAAGGGAAAGAGGCAUUAGUGGAAACAGAGUCAGCAGGACAGUUGAAUUGACCCCCAUGCCUCUGUGGCAGGUAGUGGAGAUAAAGUGGAGAGGGUCUUUUUCACAAUAUUUUGGACCGUGAUUAUCAGAAACUUCAUGAUCUAUGCACAAAUCUACACAACGGUAAAACAUGAAAGUGAAUAUGUCUUAUGCAGGCUAUCUAGGGACCAGGGAAAGUCUGGUCCUGGGACAUAACCAAAGAUGACCUCUACCUGAAGAUGUUCCAAUAUAUCUGCUUAGGAAGAGGAUCUGGUCUUUGUUUGCUCUUGCCACAUGAAAUUCUGAUCUCAAACAAUCUCAAUUAUGUAAUGCUCUUGUUCUGGGAAAGAAUCUGUGGGUUCUUCCCUCCCCGAAGGUUGCAGUUAUUUUCCCUUCUGAUCACUUCAGAGCAAGUGGGUGUUGAUACAGAAGACCUGGGACUUAUUUUUAUCAGAGAUAGAACACAAACCUGAAAUAGUGUGAACAUUUUCUCCUAAAUAUACAUAAUGGCAAACAUCCUAUAAAUGUAGGCAGGGACAUCAGUAAGGAAUGUGUGAGCUCUGCACAUGUUUACAUGCAUAGACUCAAAGUAUGCUGGGGUGAAAAUACUCAUUGCAAAAAUGUUUACAUACUGAUCUAUGCAUUUGUUUAUAUACAAUAGAAGAAAACAGUUUCACCUUUGUUUACUUUGCCACCUACAUAUUCAAAAAGAAAUCUGGAGC